AUGGAAUCAAAACUGGAGGAGCAGCCAGGGAUCUCAACUGUAAAGGAAUCUAAAAUUGAAAUCUCAAAGAAUGUUGUAAUUAGAGAACCUGCAAGUGUGGUUUUCAAUUUAGAUCAAACUGUACUGGAUUCAAAGCUAGAUCUACCAUGGAAGAAAAAUCUUUUUGAACGAGUGGAGGCGAGAGCUCAAGCAAUGCAGCAGAAAAUAUUAGAUAAGGAUAAACUGAAAAAAGAACUAGAAAAACAAGCUGAGAAAAAAAUCCCUAAGGAAACUUUGGCCAAAGAGUGGUUUAAUAUUGACAACAUGACUCUGAAUACUCGUGCAUAUUUGCUUGACAAACUUCUACCCACCUUAGUGGCUGGAAUGGAACAUAUGUUAAUGCAAGUGGAAAAAAAGAAGCUUUUGUCAGAAACUGAUAUUCCAACUAAGUUUGAUCCAAUUAUUUAUUUGGGGGAAUAUUUAAUGAGAAAUAAUCCUCUUUAUAUCAAAGACUCAGGGAUGUCUGGUUAUCAGAGGGAGAUGAAAAAUGUCACAGAAAAUCUGAAGAUACAUAUUACCAACACUAUCUGCAACAGAGUAUCCAGGAUGAAGGAGAAGAUUAAAGAGAAACAAGAACAAAGAGAAACCAUAAGCCAAGUCAAAGUCCAGGUGGCCAACCUACGGAAACAGGCUCUGCAGGAGCAGUUCAAUGAAUGGAUUCUAGACCCUAAGGGAACGAUUCCUAUGAAAGUGAUUCAGAAUGCUCUUCAUGAUUUUUUUCAAAAUCCAAAUUUCAAGCUUGAAACAUUUUGCAAACAGUUGGAUAUUGCUGACUCAAUGGAGCAAAGACUGAACAAAAUGGAAUUUACGGAAUACAUCUCUGCGCACAUUGCAGACUUGAAAAGUGAAAUAUUUGAAGAACUCCUUAAGCACCUUUGCCACAGUGCAGAUGAAUUCCGGGAGGUCAUAAAAACGGAUAUGCGGAGGCAGAUGUUUGUUGAAGUCUUCCUGCAUUGUGACUGUGGGAAGGUAGGGUUUUUGAAUCGGCAGAGGACAUUGGCCUUGCUGGAAACAUUCUAUGACCAAAGUCCAACAAUGCUUAGACGUUUACUCCGAAACCCAAGACAAUGGCCACUCCUUGAAUUUGAAGAGAUAGAGCUGCCUGAGUUCUGGGGAGACAAGGAUAAUCAGAAACACAUUUAUGAAGACUUUGACAAUGUGUUCUUAGAGAUGAAUACAUCACUGUCUGAAAAAAAUGCUAGCACAAAACAAAGUAAAUUGCUCAAAAAACCAGAAGAGCUACAUAAAUAUGAUAAAUAUAAAAAAUCAACACUAUUGCCGAGCCUACCAGAACAGCAGAGGGAAACAAUUGCAGGACAAGACCCAAACAAAAUUUUAAAUGAAGAUCUAAACUCAGAGUCAAUAACAGCACAAGGACAGCCGAAAGGGGCAACAGUGCGACCAGGAUCACGCAGAGGGUCACGCAGAAUGUCAUUAAUAGAAGAACCACAAAAAGAUUCAACUGCAGAACGAGGAUCACGCAGAGGAUCACGCAGAAUGUCAGUAAUAGAAGAACCACAGAAAGGAUCAAAAGAAGAGCCAAGCAGAGAGCCAGUAGCAGAACAAGGAGUACCUAGAGAGGCAAUUGUAGAAGAAGAAUCGCUCAGAGAGUCGGGAAUAGAAGGAUCCAGCAGAGAGUCAGAAGCAGAACAAGGAGUGCAGAGAGGGGCAAUUGCAGAAGAAGGGUUGAGAGAGUCAAGAAGAGGACCAAAAGGAGAGACCAUUCCAGAGGAACAGGACAUAGCCUCAACUUCACAAUCAAGGGAAGGUAAUAUCUUAAAAGAAAGUAAAACAUCUAGGGAGGUUACUUCCUUUGUGCACACUGAAAUCCUUCCACAAGAAGAGAAUACUCAGGAGCAAAUAUAUGAAGGGAAACUAUUCAUGAUUUCUGAACUGCAAGAAAAAGAUUCGUAUGAAGUAGAAAAGAUAAUCAGUUCUCUGCAUUUUCUUUUGGACCUUUUAGAAACUGCAAAGAAGAAAGUUGAGAAAGACAAAGCCUGUGAACCCAAGUCCCAAAAAAUAGAAGGAAAGCCAUGGCCAGGUGAACUUUUGACUUGUGACUUGAAGAAGUAUGUAAAAUGCGAAGAUGAGGAACAGGCAAAAUUAAUCUAUGGUAACUCCAGAUUCACAGACCUACAUUCAAUUAUCAGAAAUAUUCAGUCUUACAAAGAAGUGAAAGGAAGGAGUGCCUUCAAUGGAGUUUCCCUUAAUCUGCUCCAGUUUGUGCAAUUCCUAGAGACAUUUGUUGGUGAAGAUGCCCCCUUGAGUGCCAGUGAGACCCUCACCUCCUUUUUCAAGUGGGGCUAUGCUGAAACAAAAGAAGAGAAAAUGAGGGACUUGGAAGAGGCUAUACAAAACACUUCCCAAAUUCGACGGGGACUUCUCCUAGAAGCCCUCUUUCAGUUGUGGGACAGUGAUGGCUCAGGCUUCCUAGAUCUGAAUGAAGUUGAUGAACUCUUGUAUACAUACAAGGAGGGAAUGGAAAAAGAAGCUAUGAAGACAGCUAAAUUACACAUCCAAUUUCCAAAGCCACACCCUGGUCAAGAAGUGAGGUUGUCUUCAAAACAGUUUCAGAAAUACAUAGAAUUGGUUGUAUCUGAACUCAGGGGCAAUGAAGACCAGGUUCUGGAAAGCCUGGUGGAGUUUCUGAUGACCACCUUAGAAAGAAGCCAUUUUGAGGGUCUGAGGAACAGUGCCAGACGGAAGUGGCUGCACCAAAUUCAACAUGCUGCAGAAACAAGUGGGGUAUCCCUGGAGCCAGUGUACACUGAGACCUUUAAGGCCCUCACACAGGAUGCUCAAGUCCAUGGAAAUAAGAAGAUCAGUGCUCACAUUUCCCUCUUAGAAGAAAACCGACUACUGCCUCAUAGAGGGGCUGUUCUAUUAAGGAAUGUAGCUUGUACUUUAGAUGAUGCUCCAUUUGUACUAAACAAAGUGCUCUACAGGGACAUGAAGGGAAUCAGCUUUACAGUAAUAGAUAAAGGGAAGCCAGUACAUGUCCCUCAAGUUCAGCACCAUGGGAACAUUUUCUUCUGGAACGAUUCCCGCAAGGAGAAUGAGAAAAAUGGAUCAUUCUUGGCUCUGCCUCUUCAGAAUGCACAUAUGAGGAUCUUCGGGGUCCUGGCUAUUGACACACUAAGAGAUCCCCAGAAAAUAAACAUCUUCUUGCCUCAUGAGAUCAGAUUCUAUCAGGGUGUUGCCAAUGUCUUCAGCACUGCCUAUCACUAUGUCCACAGCCGGGAGCACAUCCUGCACGUUGUGAUCACUGGCAUCAGCUGGCUCUACGACAUCAUACCAGACAUUAACGCCAUCUCUACAUACUUCAUUGAGCCUAGCCCAGAGCAGGGUUCAGACUAUGUUUUACGCAAUAUGAUGGUCACAGGGCCCCUAGGUCUAACAGAAAUCCACAAAAAUCCCCCUACCAUCUUCAGGAAGACAUGCAUCUUCAGGGAUUUCCUUUUUAAGUGUAUAGACAGUUCAGAAGUUCUUUUGGCCUCUGUCUGUGGAGAAAACCACAUCGCAAUUCCACUUCGUGAGAGAACAGGAGAGGCUCUGGGGGCUCUCGAUUUUAACAUUGGCAAGAGGAAGAUGUUGUUUUAUCGAGAAUUUAAAGAUCUACAGAAAAUGGUGAAGGUGACCCAAGCUGCCUGCUAUGAAAUACUGGACGAGUUAUCUGGAGAAAAAGAGAAGAAUCGUGUCUUAGAGAUUGAAAAUGCAGGAGAAGUCCAGCAGGCAGGAGUUCUCUUCUUCCGAAUCAUGCUGCAAGAGCUGCAGAAAAGCCUUCGGCAGCUUACCUCCAUGGACUUUGUAUCACUGUUGCUCUAUGAUUACCGUUCUGCAAUACAGUCAAAUAAAUCUCUGACAGCCAGCCAGUUACACGAGUUGGAAGCCAAUGCAAAACUAGUACCUGAAAUCCUGACAGCGGUUAUCUUGUUCAUUCAUCCAGAGUUGGAAUCAUCACAUGAAUUAGAAAUUUGGGAUAAAUGUAAACUGUACUUUAACAAACACUUAGUUGACAGUAUUUGUGCCUUUGAUCCAACUGAGAAGAAUGUAAAAGUUAAUUUAAAGCUCAUUGGUAACUAUCUCAAAGGUCAUUCCCGAAUCAAUGUGUGGAAAUCGCAUAGUAUUGUCAUGGAGUACCUAUACCAUUGGUCACACAUCUGUUUAGCUCUCAUAGAACUAAAGAUAAAACUAAGUGGUGCUAUUAUACCCCCAUUGCCCUCAAAGACCGACUCCUGUGUGUAUGCAAAAAUGCCAGGCGCAAGCUUGCUAGGUACAGAGUAAAGACCGAAGAUUCAGAAAAUAAAAUGGCAG